GGAAGCGACUUUCCAUUGCCAACUGCACCUCUUUCGCAGCGGCAACAGCGACGUCCAGCAUCUAAUUUACAGGAAGGGACUGCCAGAAAACUCCUCCAGCCUUUCACAAUGGCCGCCAUAGUCCCUGCCCAGGAUGCGGACUACACCAUCAAGCCGCAGGCCAACGCGCCUCCGGUCGACAGCAGCGAGUGGCCCCUCCUGCUGAAGAACUACAACAACCUGCUGGUUCGCAGCGGUCACUUCGUCCCCAUCCCCAACGGAUGCGCUCCUCACAAGCGCGACCUGAAGAGCUACAUCUCUUCCGGUGUCAUCAACCUCGACAAGCCCUCGAACCCCUCCUCCCACGAGGUCGUCGCGUGGAUUAAGAGGAUCCUGCGUGUGGAGAAGACUGGUCACAGCGGUACCCUUGACCCCAAGGUCACUGGCUGUCUCAUUGUCUGCAUCGACCGCGCCACCCGUCUCGUCAAGUCGCAGCAGGGUGCCGGUAAGGAGUAUGUCUGCGUUAUCCGCCUCCACGACAAGAUCCCCGGUGGCGAGGCUCAAUUUGCGCGUGCUCUCGAGACCCUCACCGGUGCUCUGUUCCAGCGCCCUCCCCUCAUCUCGGCCGUCAAGCGUCAGCUCCGUAUCCGUACCAUCCACGAGUCCAAGCUCUACGAGUUCGACAACGAGCGCCACCUUGGUGUCUUCUGGGUCAGCUGCGAGGCCGGUACUUAUAUCCGUACCCUUUGCGUUCACUUGGGUCUGUUGCUCGGUGUUGGCGCGCACAUGCAGGAGCUGCGCCGUGUCAGGUCCGGUGCGAUGAGCGAGCAGGACAACAUGGUUACUCUCCAUGAUGUUCUUGACGCGCAGUACCUCCAGGACAACAACAUGGAUGAGUCCUACAUCCGCAAGGUUGUCUCUCCUCUUGAGACUCUGCUCACUUCCUACAAGCGCAUUGUCGUCAAGGACAGCGCUGUCAACGCGGUCUGCUACGGUGCCAAGCUCAUGAUUCCCGGUCUUCUCCGCUACGAGUCUGGCAUUGAGGUCCACGAGGAGGUUAUCCUCAUGACCACCAAGGGUGAAGCCAUUGCUCUUGGUAUCGCCAUGAUGUCCACUGUCGAGCUUUCGACCUGUGACCACGGUGUCGUUGCCAAGAUCAAGCGUGUCAUUAUGGAGCGCGACCUGUACCCCAAGCGCUGGGGACUGGGCCCCGUCGCUACGGAGAAGAAGCAGCUCAAGGCGUCCGGCAAGCUGGACAAGUACGGCCGCACCAACGAGAACACCCCCGCCAAGUGGAAGCAGGAGUACACGGACCUCACGGCCACGGCCGACGCCGCUGCGCAGCCGCUUGCUGAGACGACCUCUAAGCAAGACGUUCUGUCCGCUCCCCCCGUCGCUCCGGACAAUGAGGAGCUUCCCGAUGCUCCGGCCUCUGUCAACGGCGAUGCCGAGGCCGACAGCAAGAAGAGGAAGAGCAAGCACGAGGGCGAGACGGCCGAGGAGCGGGCUGAGCGCAAGCGCAGGAAGGCGGAGAAGAAGGAGAAGAAGGAGAAGCGCAAGUCGCUGAAGUCGGAAAAGGACGAUGACAGCGACUAAGGGCAUGGCAAUGCAUCGCAUAGUUGGGGGAGGAUAUAGUCACGUGAAGGAUGGCGGUGUAGAGCAUUUUGCUUUGGCGGAAUACGCAUAGCAGCUUUUUCUUGGAAGGCUACGCUGAGCUGUAUCAUACCUGUGGGUGGAGUUUACCGGGUUACGAUGGCGCAUUAUGGGAUAGGCUGGGACCGGGCUUGUUCAUCAGCCUUUGAAUACGAAAAGCGAAUUUCUCUCGAC